AUGGCUGAAGGCAACUAUGAUGACGACCCCGAGCUUUUUGAAGAAAAAAUGAGGACCCUGACUUUGGCACACCACCAUGGGAAGAGGAAAAAAAGCGAAGAAUACAAAUCACUAAAAGAAAAUGUGGAAGUUCCAAUUGAAAAAAUAACAGACUUGUUUUACUUGGGCUCUGGAGCUCAAGGUGUGGUGUUUGGAGCACAUCUAGAUGGCGAAAAGGUUGCUGUUAAACAGUUACGCACUAAACAUAAGACUAAUAUCAGACAUCUCUUAAAGUUGAAUCAUGAAAAUAUUGUUCGCUUUCUGGGAGUGUGCACAAACCCUCCGGACUUCUGCAUCAUUAUGGAGUACUGUCAAUAUGGAUCACUGUUUGACUUUCUUCAUAGCAACACUGUAUUUAUGCCAAAGCAACUAUUGAAAUGGGCUAAAGAAAUUGCUCGUGGCAUGGCAUAUCUACAUGCUCAUAAGAUUAUCCAUCGAGAUCUUAAAAGCCCCAAGUAUCCAGAAGUAGAAUUCCGCUGGAGCUGUGACCGCCGUCGGUCAGCGAGUACCGAGUCUCGGCAUGUCAUGAGCGCGCGUAAAGUUGCUCGGCGCGUCGCCGCAUCACCGCCCAGGGAUGGCAGACGGUUCAGUGUAUCUGUAGUUAAUGUAUUUCGCUUUAUGAAGUCUUUACAAUAUAAUAGAGAGCAAAGUUUCGGCAGAGGCUGUAAGAAUGCAAAACUACAGUUAAGGAAAAAAAAAUAG